UGGCCGGGCCCGGCCGACCGGCUUGGCGUCUGCCUGAUCCCGGCCGACUGGACGUCCGGCGACUUGGACCGGCUGGCCGAGUUCGCCGCCUUCCACGCGGUCGUCGGCAUGGAGCGGCUGUGGUUGUACGAGGCGGCCGUGACGCGCGGCGUGUCGCAGCUGCUGCUCCGCUCGGCGGCCGUCCUGCCCGCCCGUCUCGUUCGCUGGGACUUUCCGUACCGGCUGGACUCGCCGGCCGCGCAGCUGACGGCCGCCGACCUGCUGCGCCGCGACUGCCUCGUGCGCACGUCCGGACACGUGUCACACGUGGCGGCGCUGAACGUGACGCAGCUGCUGGUGCCGCGCCGCCACGACACGGUGCAUGAGAUGGUGCGCGCCAUGGAGGAGCAGAUGCAGCGGCCGGGUGCGGCGGCUUUCAGCCUCUCGCAGGAGGUGUUUUGCACAGACGCCGCGGACGGGCCGUACGCGCGCAAGGCGCCGUUCCUCACGCUGAGCAGCAAGACGUCGCUGCGGCCGUCACGGACCGAGCGCGGCGCCGUCUGCCUGCUGCGGCCCGAGGCCGUCACCGACCCGUUCGAUGCCGCCGCUUGGGCCAGUCUGGGCCGGCCGCCGCAGCUCAACCCGCUCAUGGCCGCCGUGCAGCUGUACGUCGAGUGCGGCACGCCGGCCGCCGGCAACACCAGCUUUGAGGGCGCGGCCGUGCGCUUCAAGACGCGCCUGGUGCACUCGCCCGUGUUCGUGCACUACCGCCAGCUGCGCGACGCCUCGGUGAUGCAGCGCGCCGGACCGCGCGGAGGCACGAACGCCGCUCCCAGCGCUGGCGCGCUCGGUCCCGCCAGCGACUGACGGAUGCGGAUGGUGUGCGCUGCCGGCAGCGGCUCCGUUGAAGCCUUCUGUUUGGUCUGAUUGGGGACCGCUUUAGGCCGUCAAUUGUCCGCUUCUUUCCUUCCGAAUCAUCGGCGUUAAGUGAGCCAGGAGGUCAGUUGUUUUGUUUGUCUGCCUUGAGUCGGCAUUUUGGCCCAAAGGUCCUGGUGCCUGCUGUCGAAUACUGAUGGAGCUGGAUGACGGCUUAUGAUGCUUGCCGGUGACCAGCCAGUCAUGGUUAGCGCCUGCUACUGGAAAACAAGGAGACGGAGGGUUCGGGUCGAGCCAUAUUCGUCGCGUUCCGAACACGUGUCUGUCGGCAGUAGGCGGACGCUGCCUCGCCAGGAAUCACGUGCCUCCACGGAGGCUGGUUACAGACACAGCUGGAAGCAGCGCCUGGGGUCCCCCGGUGUCAGCGGGAGGCCGGCGUUCGAACCCCUCCCCCCAGCCGCGUGGCAACGCCAUAUUGACCGCGGGGUCGGGACCCCGAAUUCGCGGAGUUCAGCCCUCAAUCGCUUUCGCCGGCGCGGUGGUCCGGAGGUCAUAGCCGUCACCGGUCUUUCAAAAGCGACGCCGUCGUGGAAUGUGGCGGUGUUCGGGAGGCGACGAACAGCCGGGGACGUGCGUGCGUGCGUGCGUGCGUGCGUGCGUGCGUGCGUGCGUGCGUGCAUGCGUGCGUGCGUGUGUGUGUGUGUCUUGCCACGCGUUGAAUGUGUGGUACGUGCAGUGAUUACAAGUUCGCUAGUCAAACUGCCCCGGGAAUGAACUGCCCGGUGAAUGACGAUUUUUUAGAUGCUUUUGACCGCGGCCACCGCAGCGUUUAGUAAACAGCCGCGCAUGUCAGGGCGAGACGCGUGUCACAUCACGCUCUACCAGGCUCGCUCAUAUUAGGGCUACUUUGCAGUCUCAUUUCCUUCCUGUUUUCGAUCCGCCGGUAGGUUUGUAAUAUCCAAACACAAUUUGUUUGUAUCACGUUGGACAUUUUCGGACGUCCAACCUUUGUUUACCGUGUACUGGAUGCCGGGAUAUUGUUCGUGAGCUUAUAUCGUGUGUUCUGCUUGCUGACGCCAUCCGCCAUCCCGCGUGCGCAGAUCUCGUCACUCGUCUGGCAAUCUGCCUGACAACCCAACGUGGAGCUGUGAACGUCUGAUGCAGAUCACGGACCAUGCGGCCUUUUUCCGGAUGCUUACGUCUGUCAUGCCGAAGGGAGGUGUGUGAAAAUGCCCCGGGCAUUUGUUCGCUUUUAUUUGGGAGCAUAUGAAGGUUUGUAUUAGUUUGUGGCUUGUAAUGGACCUGGCUGGUCUGUUGCCUUCCACUUUGUGUAAAUAGCGCGCCUUCGACCAAAAGCAUGUACAAGAGCUCGACAAUGUCGCUCCAUCGUGACGUGCACCAUAUUCCGACCAAUGCUGUGCCUGUGCGCCAUUUUGCUGCCGAGGGUUGUUCCGGCAUGGAUGUCUACUGUUCAUUGAAUGGUCUCCGGACAAAUAAAAAGUCAACAUGUAAC